AUGUGCUAUAUGUUCGUUCGGUACCGCGAUACGCAAAAAUAUGCAAUCAAAGAACAACAACAAUUACAGAUUUUGUGCUUUGAAAUUCUUGCUGGAAUAUGCUUGAUACCAGACGGACACCAGAAAAUACUGUGUGCUUUAACGGAAGCGGUUGAUUUACUUGGUGAACGUACAAGGUUCCAGAAAAUUGUUGAUGAUCUUCAUCGUUUUUAUCGUUCGGAACGCGAAACGCAGCGAGUUCGUACGGCUGCAAUGAGCCUGAUUAAUGCUCUUCUAAGCACCGGACCAGCUGAGGCAACUUUUUUUUUUGUCCAUUUGACGUUCUUCUUUGGUUUUGUAUUGCCCUCUGUUUCAACAUCACUGGAAGUACGAAUGCAUCUGCGAGUCGAAUUCUUAAUGCUUGGGCUACAAACCGUUGUUGAACGUCUGCGCGAUUCUUCCUCAACAGUACUGAAUGAUCAUUUGGACUUUUUUGAAAUGAGUCGACAGGAGGAUGAGCAGCAGUUUAUUAGGUUAGAACUGUCGGGUACUGUGACACCAGUUGACCUGGAAAACGCUACUGAUAUAACCGAUCUGCUUGUGCAUCGAUUGGAUUCAACGCUUGCCUUACCUCAUUUUGUUUCCUUACUUCAGCAUCUUCUACUAGUUCCAGUGGAUGAAAAAAAUAUUUAUAUAUGGAAAUUACGUACGCAGCAAGAGUACGAUGAUUUGGAAAAAAUGUAUAAAGAUCUGGAAGAAGAAUUACAGCGCGAACGAGCCAAUUUGUUGGAUCUGCAAAAUCGGCUUUGUGAUUCGGACUCACACUCUGUUUACUCACGAACCAGUAUCGAGUCAUCACCCUCAGAUCCUCGGCAGUCUCCAAGUCCAAAUUUGUUGACACCUGUAAGUCCAGUAUCUGUUAUACCGCCGCCACCACCGCCACCAGCACCACGGAUUGAUCAGUUGAAACUUCCGGGUUGUACAUCAAAAGCUGAAAUUAAAAAAAAUGUUCCCAAACCAUCUGGAGCGCUCAAAACACUGAACUGGUCAGUGAUACCGCACAGUAAAAUACCUGGGACAGUUUGGGAAAAAAUUGAUGAUGAAAAAUUGUAUCAACAAAUGGACUUACAAGACAUUUGUUUGAACUUUGCUGUUGGUAAAAGCACGGAAGAGGCUGAAACGGUCAGUGAAACGCUGAAAAGGCGUCUACGAAACGAUUCAACAAUAUCGGUGAUUGAAGCUCGCCGAGCACAAAACUGCACCAUUAUGUUGUCCAAACUGAGGCUAUCAAAUAAACAAAUUAAACGAGCUGUUUUAUCGAUGGACGAAUAUGGGGAGCUACCACGUGAUAUGAUUGAGCAGAUGCUCAAAUUUCUUCCAACAAAAGAAGAAAUUCAACAAAUGCGUACGGUUGUCGGUAAAUAUAAAACAGCAACCGUUUUGGCAAUCGCUGAUCGUUUUCUAUACGAAGUUAGCAACAUUCCACGCUACGAACAACGUCUUAGAUGUCUACAUAUUAUAUGUACUUUUCGAGAGCGAUUAGACGAUGUUACCAAAGCUAUUCAAGCUGUUACAAAUGCAUCAACUUCUGUUGCCAACAGUAAACGUCUUCGGACGCUAUUACAGGUUGUCUUAGCUGUUGGCAACUAUUUGAACUAUGAAAAACGAAAUGGCAAUGCAUCGGGUUUUUUGUUAGCAUCACUUCGUGAACUGUCGGAUGUACGAAAUUCGUUACGAGCCGAUCGAAAUUUACUUCACUAUAUCAUCGAAAUGGUUGAGCAUAAAUAUCCAGACGUACUUCGGCUUAAACGUGACUUAUGUAGCGCUUAUGAGGCUGCACGGCAAAGUCGUACAGAAAUUGAGCAAGAAAUAAAUGCACUACGGAAAUCAAUUGCUACUGUUGCCGAAGAACUACGAAAUGGUGAAGCUGAAAAAGUUGCUGAUACCACAGUUGAACUGUUGGAACCGGAACCAUCCGAUUGUAUUACUGAACAUCGAACGGCAGAUCGAUUUUUGCCAGCACUGAAAAAUUUUUUAGCAUCAGCAAAAACAGAUUUUGUUGGUGUUGACAAACAGUUUGAUGAGAUGAACCAAAAGUUUGCUAGCUGUGUGAAAAUGUAUGGAGAAGAACCGUCGAAAUCAUCGCCAGAUGAAUUUUUUGGUAUUUUUUCCAAAUUUUUAAAUACAUUUGCUGAAUGUCAUCAUCAAAUUUGGCAAGAACGUGAAAAUAUUGAACGGAUCAAGAAACAGACGUUGGCUCGUUCAAUUUUUGCCAAAAAACGUAAGUGUUAUUUUUUCUUAAGACGGGAUAAUCGUGGACGAGAUUUUGAUCAGCUUGUUACUGCACUACAGAGUGGCGAAAUAUUUUCUGAAGAAUUAAGCCGUCUACGUACAUCGUAUCGGUCAAGAAAAAAGCCAAAAAAAUAG